AACCAGUGGCCAAGAAGAGGACAAGGCAAGAAAGCCACCAGACCAGAUGGAAAUAGCCAUACCUGGUGUAAUAGUGACUUUAAAGAAAGGAACUGAAUGUACUACUACACUGUAGAUAAGUUCCAUGUGGACAUUUUACCUUUGUACCUUUAAAAGGUAUUGACGUUGCUUACAUUCCAAUGACGUCUGACAAAUGACAUUAAUCUGUCUAUUUCCCCGGAUGACAACCAAUGAGAGUUGAGUAGAGGCGGGAUGUUUACACUGUUAGCCAAAUAAAAUACAUUGGUUGUGCCACUUAGAGUAGUCAUAUUCUAGUCACACCUUUUACAGACUGUAAAGACAGAUGUUCAUCUGAUCGCAGAAUUGAUUUCUGUGCCCAUCAAUUCCUCAGCCGGCUGUAAGAAGAUCCUUCAUCUCCUCUUGACUUGGUGACCUGCUGUCCUACCAUGGCUGAGAAGCUAGCUUCCUUUGGUAAGAUGCUGCUCAGGCGGCGAGCGCUGGACUGUAACCAGGAAGAGAGCCACUUCGCCCGCUGCCUGAGCACACUGGACCUGAUAGCCCUGGGGGUGGGCUCCACUCUGGGGGCCGGCGUCUAUUUGCUGGCUGGAGAGGUGGCCAGGGAGAAGGCCGGCCCAGCCAUCGUGCUCUGCUUCCUCAUCGCAGCGCUCUCCUCCGUCCUUGCUGGUCUGUGUUAUGCUGAGUUUGGUGCCCGUGUGCCAAAGACUGGUUCAGCCUACAUGUACAGCUAUGUGACAGUGGGGGAGAUCUGGGCCUUCAUCACUGGUUGGAACCUCAUCCUCUCCUAUGUCAUAGGCACAGCCAGUGUUUCUCGGGCCUGGAGCUCCACCUUUGACAACCUGGUUGAACAGAAGAUCUCAAACUUCUUCAGAGCCUCCAUGUCCAUCAAGGUCCCUGGGAAGAUUCUGGCUGAAUACCCAGACCUCUUCGCCCUCAUCCUGAUCUUGCUGCUCACUGGCCUGCUGGCGUUUGGCGUGAGUGAGUCGGCCCUGGUGAACAAGAUCUUCACGGGGGUCAACCUGGUGGUGCUGGGCUUCGUCAUCAUCUCAGGACUGGUGAAGGGAGACCGUACUAACUGGAACCUCACUGUUGAGUACUUUGUCAACACGUCCAACAUCACUGAUACAGAGAUCAUUAAAGAGAAGUUUGGCAAUGGGGGUUUUGCUCCAUUCGGCUUCAGUGGAGUCCUUUCUGGUGCAGCAACUUGCUUCUAUGCCUUUGUGGGUUUCGACUGCAUCGCAACCACAAGUGAAGAGGCCAAGAACCCCAUGCGUUCCAUCCCCAUCGGUAUCGUGGCUUCUCUGCUCAUCUGUUUCGUUGCCUACUUUGGGGUGUCUGCAGCCCUCACUCUCAUGAUGCCCUACUACCUGCUGAACAAAGAGAGCCCGCUGCCAGAGGCCUUCAAGUAUGUGCACUGGGACCCUGCCCGCUACAUCGUGGCUGUGGGCUCCCUCUGUGCACUCUCCACCAGUUUACUGGGCUCAAUGUUCCCCAUGCCCCGUGUAAUCUAUGCCAUGGCUGAGGACGGCCUGCUCUUCCGUUUCCUCUCAAAGAUGAACAUCAAAACCAAGACCCCCCUGUUAGCCACCAUCGUGUCGGGUAUUGUAGCAGCCCUGAUGGCAUUCCUGUUUGAUCUGGCAGCCCUGGUGGACCUGAUGUCGAUAGGAACUCUCCUGGCAUACACACUAGUGGCUGUGUGCGUGCUUAUCCUCAGGUACCAACCGGGCACCCUGGGUGUCAGUGGUGCCAGUGAGAAGCUGGUGGAGCUGGUGGGUCUGCAGAGGGCAGCCAUGGCAGAGGGGGACAGUGGGGAUGAGUUUGGCCAGGAGAGUGAGGGGGAGACCAGGCCCCUCAGGGAGCGGUUCAUCUUCAAGAUGCUGCUGGUGCCCAGCUGUGAUGUCCCAACCAAGACCUCCGGGCUCAUCGUCUACAUCACUACCGCUGUCAUCUCUGUGGUGUUCACCCUGCUGUGCAUAGUGCUGUCUGUGUGUGGGAUAGAGGUGGUGAGUGGCCACCCAGUGUGGGUCACCAUAUGUGCGAUACUGGCCUUCUUCUCCUUCCUGUGUGUGGUCAUCAUAUGGAGACAGCCCCCGAGCAGACAGUCACUCACCUUUAAGGUACCCCUACUCCCAGUGUUGCCAUUGGUCAGUAUCUUUGUCAACAUUUACCUCAUGAUGCAGCUGGAUGGGCCAACGUGGUGUCGCUUUGCAGUGUGGAUGACUAUUGGUUUUAUCAUCUACUUUGGUUACGGGAUUAAGAACAGCUCAGAGGCCACACCCAACCGCGGUAAAUUUGAGCCAGUCCUCCGAUCAAAGAGCCCCAACUUCCUGGCAGAGGAUGACAAUGAGGUGGAAGGAAUGAUGCCUUAGAAGAGAAUAGUGGUAGAGUAGAGAUGGUAUUUUCCCCAAUAACAUAUGACGCAAGCCUUGAACAGGAGCACAUUCUUAUCUGUUUGUUUUUUAACUGUCUGGGAAUUGUGCCACAAUAGACUCUUAACUUUCUGUCUUAUUCUUCUUCUGAAAUGGAUUAAAUUAAUGUUUUCCCUCAUCAAUCUACACACAAUAAUGAAAAAGGCAAAAACAUUUUUUUAGAAAUGUUUUGCAAAUUUAAAAUAUUUAAACAAUACCUUAUUUACCCUUUGCUAUGAGACUUGGAAUUGAGCUCAGGUGCAUCCUUUUUCCAUUGAUCAUUGUUGAGAUGUUUCUACAACUUGAUUGGAGUCUACCUGUGGUAAAUUCAAUUGAUUGGACAUUAUUUGGAAAAGCACACACCUGUCUAUAUAAGGUCCCACAGUUGACAGUGUGGAAGAAGUUUGGAACCACUUAGGCUCUUCCUAGAUCUGGCCGACCGGCCAAACUGAGCAAUCGGGGGAGAAGGGCCUUGAUCGGGGAGGUGACCAAGAACCCGAUGAUCACUCUGACAGAGCUCCAGAGUUCCUCUGUGGAGAUGGGAGAACCUUCCAGAAGGACAACCAUCUCUGCAGCACUCCACCAAUCAGGCCUUUAUGGUAGAAUGGCCAGAUGGAAGCCAAUCUUCAGUAAAAGGCACGUGAAGUUUGCCUAAAGGCACCUAAAGGACUCUCAGACCAUGAGAAACAAGAUUCUCUGGUCUGAUGAAUCCAAGAUUUAACUCUUUGGCCUGAAUGCCAAGCGUCACGUCUGGAGGAAACCUGGCACCAUCCCUACGGUGGAGCAUUGUGGUGGCAGCAUCAUGCUGUGAAGAUGUUUUUCAGCAGCAGGGACUGGGAGACUAGUCAGGAUUGAGGGAAAGAUGAAGGGAGAAAAGUACAGGGAGAUCCUUGACGAAAACCUGCUCCAGAGCGCUCAGGACUUCAGACUGGGGCGAAGGUUCACCUUCCAAGAGGACAACGACCCUAAGCACACAGUCAAGACAACGCUGGAGUCGCUUCGGGACAAGUCUCUGAAUGUCCUUGAGUGGCUAAGCCAGAGCCCGGACUUGAACCUGAUCGAACAUCUCUGGAGAGAUCAGAAAAUAGCUGUGCAGCGACACUCUCCAUCCAACCUGACACAACUUGAGAGGAUCUGCAGAGAAGAAUGGGAGAAACUCUCCAAAUACAGAUGUGCCAAGCUUAUAGCGUCAUACUCAAGAAGAUGCAAAGCUGUAAUCGCUGACAAAGGUGCUUCAACAAAGUACUGAGUAAAGGGCCUGAAUCCUUAUGUAAAUGUGAUAAUUAUUUUACAUUUUAGGAAAAAAGAGAAAAAAAUUAAACCUGUUUUUGCUUUGUCAUUAUGUGGUAUUGAGGGGAUAAUUUCUUUUAAAUCCAUUUUAGAAUAAGGAUGUAACAAUGUGGAGAAGGUCAAGGGGUCCGAAUGCACUGUAUAUACUCUGUCAACAUGAACUUGCCACAUUUCUGCAUAUCUAAAUGUUGAAAGGGUUCUUUGUAUCAAUGAAGAUGUCAUUUAGGUGGUACAAAUGGUAAGGAUACAGAGUUUCUCCACUUUAACAUGUUAUUCUAGUGCCUGGUUGUUUCUGCCUCAAUUCAGCCAUUUUCCCCCAAAUGACAUCUGAUCUCUAGUGUCUUUGCCCUGUGAGUCCGUAAGCACAACAACAGUGUACGUGGUGUUGCGUGUCCUUCUGUCCAUGUAGGUCAAUCACUAUGGUUUUAUUUGUGUUCUUUGAGGACAGGCAAUACCAAGCAGAGUGUCAAACAACCCCAGAACUCACUGUCUGCACUAUAGAGAGAUGAUUGACAAUUAAAUUAAAGUCAGAAUUAAGUCCUUACCCAAAAGUUCAAAUUUUGAAUAUUCUUUUAAACAAUCAUUUAUAUAAUUUUGUUUAAAUAUUUAUACAGAAACAUGCAUGUAUAUUUUUGUUAGAUACAUAUAUAUAUUUAUGUAUGUUCAAAUGUUUAUUUUUAACAGCUGCCCAAAUAAUUAUUUGGUUUAAAAUUAUUCUCUCAAAGGCUAAAAGGUAGAGAUUGUGUUAUGAGAGAAAUAACUUAUUUUUGUACCAUGAUGAUAUACAAACUCUACCAAAUAGAGAGAGAUGUCUGUAGGAAGGUACACUGA